ACUGUAUUCUCCUCCAUUUCUCAUCAAUCUCCUCUCCAAUUUGGUCCAAGAAGGAAAAUUUGAAGCUGAAGAUAUAUUAUAAAAGAAGAUAGAGAAAAGAAAAGGGUUAAAGAGAGUUUUUUUUGUUUCAAUGGCUAACAUGCUUGGAACUGAGCUGUGCCUCGGAUUGCCCGGUGGCGGUAGUGGAAAUGAAAUCGACGGUUCUCCGAGAACGACCGGUAAACGAGGCUUCUCGGAGACCGUCGACUUGAAGCUUAACCUUCAGGCUAAGGAAACCGACAUGGUUCUUAACAAGAACCUUGACAAUGGUUCCAAAGAGAAACCGAUUUCAGCCAAAGAUCCUGCAAAACCACCGGCCAAGGCACAGGUGGUGGGUUGGCCGCCGGUUCGAUCUUACCGGAAGAACGUUAUGGCUAACAAUAAGAGCACCGGCGAGGAAAGUGAGAAAGCUAGCUGUGCAGCGUUUGUGAAGGUGCGCAUGGAUGGUGCCCCAUAUCUUCGCAAGGUAGAUUUGAAGAUGUACAAGAGCUACCAAGAGCUGUCUGAUGCCUUGGCCAAGAUGUUCAGUUCUUUCACUAUGAGUAACUAUGAAUCUCAAGGAAUGACAGACUUCAUGAACGAGAGCAAGCUGAUGGAUCUUCUCAACAGUUCUGAUUAUGUCCCAAGCUAUGAAGAUAAAGAUGGUGACUGGAUGCUCGUGGGUGAUGUCCCAUGGCAAAUGUUUGUCGAUUCCUGCAAACGCUUACGCAUAAUGAAAGGAUCAGAAGCAAUCGGUCUCGCACCAAGAGCAAUGGAGAAACGCAAGAGCAGAACCUAAAAUCGACAUGUAUUUGCUGCCUGCUGGAACCAAGAUCAUGGGAUUGUGUUUAUGCAUUUUUAUUACACAUAUAUAAAUGGCAUAUAUAGAUAUGAUUAAAGAAGUGACGAUAGUACAUUUGUAAUGAACUGAUGAUGGGGGGAUUGUCAUAGCUUGUUGUUCAUGUGUUUUGUUCUUCCCCCCACUCAGUUUUAAUGCUAAUGGUACUUGUUUCUUUUUAAUCUUCCCAAAUUGAAAAGAUUCUUCAUAUCAUGUA